UCAGAUCUAGAAGCUACGGGAGAAGCGAAGGCUGCUUCUUGGCAUCUGUGCCUGAUUGGCCGUUCCCAGGAGGGCCACCGUCCAAUCAGAAGAGGCUGGAGAGGGAGGGAGUGCGCCCCCUGCAGUGGGCAUCCAUCUAGUGGACAGGCAGGACCGGGCAAUCUUGCUGCGAGUCUCUCCACGCUGUGCCUCGCCUCCGCUCCCGGACACCCAAACCCCGCAGCUUGGGGGCCUGAAGGAGAGUCCGUUAGUAGGGGUGGGGGAUCCGCUUUCAUCCUGAGGCAGGGCAGCAACAGGUGGCACACAAGAUUCCCCACCUUCCCUCCUGGGGCUGAGACAGCUCCCCUUCCACCCCUACGAGGCAGCAUCUCCCAGCCAAAGCCCUAGCCGGAGCUGGGUUGCCGCGCUUAACUUCAUCUUCCAGGGGUGUGGGAAGCCACCUCCCUGUCCUCUGGAAGACAGCCUCUAGUUUCUUAGUAUUUCACCCUUUUUUCCCUACAACUCUGUCUAUAUAGAGUCUAGAGAGAUUGUACACCUAUUCGCAGUUCUCUUUUCACAGUUCUAUCUCCUGAUAAAUCUACUUACCUACUUGUAUGCCCAAAUCUUUAUUGAAUUAGUGGGGAGAGCUUCCUUUGUAACUCAUUGCUACUAAGGACCUAGGAAACGCAGCCCCCUUAAAAGGUUUAGAGUACAGGUUCAGAAAGGUGGGGGACAGAAGACUGGAAUGAGAAGAUGUUCUACUACCCAAACGUGCUUCAGCGCCACAGUGGUUGCUUUGCCACUAUCUGGCUGGCAGCAACAGGUGGUAUAAGGCUAGUGAAACGUGAAUACCUGAAGGUGGAUGUGGUGGAGACAUGUGAGAAGAUCCUGCAGUAUAUUCUGGUGCAAGUACAGCCAUCUCUGCCAGGUGUCCCCAGGCCCCGCUUCUCCCUUUAUCUCUCUGCCCAGCUCCAGUUUGGCGUUAUCCGUGUCUAUUUCCGCCAAUGCCAGUACCUUGUGGAGGAUAUUCAGCAUAUCCUAGAGCGCCUGCACCGAGCCCAACAGCAGAUCCGUAUUGACAUGGUGGAACCAGAUGUAUCUGGUCUCCUACUGCCUGAUCCCCUGACUACAAUGGAGGCCUUGGAAGAUGCCCCUGACCCCUUCUUUGGAGUGAUGGCCAUUGACCCUAGCCUUCCUAGUCCCCUUGGUAUCCCACAGGUUCGACACCUCUUGGAAGCCCCAACCCCUGAAAGGAUUCCUAAAGAGACCCCUCCUCAGGUCUACCUUGAACCCAGGAAGCCAGACAAAUCCCCCAUCACUGUCCUGCCUCCUGAAACCAUCACCCUUCAGGAGGCAGAGCCAAUCCACGUGCUGCACAUUGAGGGUGAGCGAGACCUACCAGAAAUCUCCCGUUAUGACCUGGACCUGCUCAUGGCUGUGGAGGAUGAAGCUGUUUUGGCUGGAGAGCCAGUAGAAAUUUCCCGUGUCCCUGAGCAAGAAAUCACUCCUAGGCUAUCUCCGCCACCUCAACCACGGAUUGAGGAGGUGGCAGAGCCCCUCCCAGAGAAGGAACUAGUCCCUGAAGAGCUUGGGUUAUUGGUCCCAGAGGCUGCUCCUCCACCCCCAGAUGAGAUCCCAACUACAGAGCUACUUCUGCCUCGGAUGCCCAGCCCUUUGGAGCCUGCUGUUCCGGUUCCCCGCAGCCCUGAACUGAUUCUCCCAGAGUUGCCCCCACCACCUCAGCCUCCACCCUCCCGCCGCCGGUUUCAGUUGUAUGAUGAAGAGACCCAGAUUACUCGAGAGGAAUUCCAAAAGCAAGUUGUACAAACCCAGGCCCACACCCGGGACUGUCCAAUGGUCCAGCCUUCCAGUCAGAGGAAGAGCCCUACAGAGCUGCUGAGAACACCAGUUUAUGCUGGAUGGCUACACCCAGAGCUACUUGGUCUCUGGACUCGCUGUGCCCGGGUACCCCCAGAAGAGCUCCGAUAUCUGCAACCCGAAGAGCCUGAGGCUGUAAUUGAGCAGUUAGAGGAAAGAAGAAAGGCUGAGCCUAUCAGUGAAAUAGAGACUCUUCGAGAAGCCCAAGAGCCCAGUGGUCCCCUACUACUGUCUUCAGAACUCUUCUUGGAGACCACAGAGGAAGAGAGGUCCCGCCUCAGUUUCAUUCCCCCUGAGGAGAGGUGGGGCUUAGGUGAGGCGGAGGUGGAGGCGCCUGUGCUGCCUGUGGUUCCUGAGCUACCAGAACUGCCUGAACUCCCCUUGCGGCUGGCCCCAGAUCUGCUACAACUCUCCCCAGAGGCUGUGCAAAGGGCUAUUAUAUUGGAGGUGCAGGCUUCAGGAGAAAUCGAUUUCAACAACCUGAUUCCUCCCCUUGCCUCCCGUCUGGUGGCUGCUCGUGUCUUCUACUUGCUCCUGGUGCUAUCAAUGCAUCAGGUUCUGCACGUGGAACAAGAAGAGCCCUAUGGCAGCCUCAUCAUCCGCCCAGGGCCUCGGUACCACCACCAAUAGAGAGGCCUGUCUCUUUGGAUGUGGCAAGAGAUCGAACAUAUUCAACUGCUGUACUGAUAAACCCCCCCUCUCAUGUGCCUCCUAAGUUUUCCUGUUCCCCACCCCAGAGCUACAGCUCAUCCAAAAUAAAUGGACUUUAUUCAAA